AAUAUAUGAGUCAAAGUUAGUUUUUAAGACUAAUUAAGAGGUGAGAAUGGCUGAUAUUGUAAAGACUAUGAGCAAGAUACUAGUGUUCGGAGGAACAGGAUACUUAGGUCAGUACGUUGUCAAGGCAAGCAUUUUAGCUGGCCACCAAACAUAUGUCUAUGUUCGCCCUACAAAAUCCGGGGACAUCAGAAAGCUCCAACUCCUCGAGAAAUUUCAAGCCAUGGGAGUUACAAUUUUUCAGGGAGAACUGGAUGAACAUCAGAAGCUUGUGAAGGUACUCCGUCAGGUUGAUACAGUAAUUGUAACGCUAGGAGUACCUCAAUACAUGGAACAACUCAAAAUAAUAGAAGCCAUGAAAGAGGCUGGCAACAUUAAGAGGUUUGUUCCAUCAGAAUUUGGAAAUGAGGUCGAUAGAGGUAGUCCACUUCCACCAUUCGAAGCAAUUGCGGAAAAGAAAAGAAAAAUUCGAAGGGCAGCUGAAAAUUCUGGAAUACCGUAUACUUUUGUUUCUUCAAACUCCAUGGGAGCAUAUUUCGUUAACUUCUUCCUUCAUCCUUAUGAUGAAAAGAACAACAAAGUUACGGUCUAUGGGACUGGUGAAGCCAAGUUUGCCUUCAGCUUUGAAAAAGAUGUAGCUGAAUAUACCGUGGAAGUCGCAACCGAUCCACGAACAAAAAAUGGUUUAGUUAUCUGCAGGCUACCGAAAAAUGUAAUAAGUCAAUUAGAUUUGAUUUCACGCUGGGAGAAAAAAACAAGACGUACCAUGGAAAAGAUCUACAUCUCUGAGGAAGAGGUCAUCAAGCUCUCUCAAUCGCCCUCAGAGCAGGAUGCUGUUGCAUACGGCAUUCUUCAUAGCAUCUUUGUAAAAGGCGAACAGACAAAUUUUGAACUGAAAGAGAAUGACUUGGACGUUGUUAAGCUUUAUCCAGAGUACAAGUACACAACAGUUGAUGAAGUUCUUGAUAUCUUCAUGGUUGAUCCACCUAAACCAUUUAUAGCUAGCUUUGCUUGACCAAUUCUGAUCAUGCAGGUUAAAGCUAGCUGGUAUGAUCACCAAAUAAAAGUCAAAGUAGCUGUUUCCAUUUUUUUUAUUUGAAUGCAUUAUGUAAUAAGGAACAUGAUCCGAAAAUAACCGGCAGAGCAUGUAUAAUUGCAGUGACCUGAUAUUUCAAUGUAAAAUUUAGUAAGGAUUUACUGAGUGACAUGUCAGUUUCUGAUUA